CGGCGGCGGGGGCGCGCGAGUGGGGCGGUGUGGGGCUCGAGGGCGCGUCCACGUGGCCGGCGGGCGGCCACCCGGAGCCAGCGGCGGCAGAGGGACAGGCCCACCCCCGGGGCAGCUGCUGGCCAUGCCUGCCGUCGGCCUCCUCCUGCUGUUCCUCCUUGCCGUGGGGCGGGCCCUGGGUGGCAGCACGCCCUUCCCUGCCUUCUCAGUGACGGACACUUCGCUCACCCAUCUGGCCGUGCACCGGGUGACCGGGGAGGUGUUUGUGGGUGCGGUGAAUCGCGUCUUCAAGCUGGCCCCCAACCUGACCGAGCUGCGGGUCCACGUCACGGGGCCCGUCGAGGACAACGCUCGCUGCUACCCACCCCCCAGCAUGCGUGUCUGUGCCCACCGCCUGGCGCCUGUGGACAACGUGAACAAGCUGCUGCUCAUAGACUACGCAGCCCGCCGCCUGGUGGCCUGCGGCAGCAUCUGGCAGGGCAUCUGCCAGUUCCUGCGCCUGGACGACCUCUUCAAGCUGGGCGAGCCGCACCACCGCAAGGAGCACUACCUGUCGGGGGCCCAGGAGCCGGACUCCAUGGCGGGCGUCAUCGUGGAGCAGGGCCAGGGGCCCAGCAAGCUGUUCGUGGGCACCGCCGUGGAUGGCAAGUCUGAGUACUUCCCCACCCUGAGCUCCCGAAAGCUCAUCGGCGACGAGGACGGUGCCGACAUGUUCAGUCUGGUGUACCAGGACGAGUUCGUCUCCUCUCAGAUCAAGAUCCCCUCAGACACGCUGUCCUUGUACCCAGCCUUCGACAUCUACUACGUCUACGGCUUUGUGAGCGCCUCCUUCGUGUACUUCCUGACACUGCAGCUGGAUACCCAGCAGACACUGCUGGACACGGCAGGCGAGAAAUUCUUCACGUCCAAGAUCGUGCGCAUGUGCUCGGGGGACUCGGAGUUCUACUCGUACGUGGAGUUCCCCAUCGGCUGCUCCUGGCGCGGCGUGGAGUACCGCCUGGUGCAGAGCGCCCACCUGGCCAAGCCCGGCCUGCUGCUGGCCCAGGCCCUGGGUGUGCCGGCCGACGAGGACGUCCUCUUCACCAUCUUCUCUCAGGGCCAGAAGAACCGGGCCAGCCCGCCGCGGCAGACCAUCCUCUGCCUCUUUACCCUCAGCAGCAUCAACGCCCACAUCCGGCGCCGCAUCCAGUCCUGCUACCGUGGGGAGGGCACGCUGGCCCUGCCUUGGCUGCUGAACAAGGAGCUGCCCUGUAUCAACACCCCCAUGCAGAUAAAUGGAAACUUCUGCGGGCUGGUGUUGAACCAGCCGCUGGGCGGCCUGCACGUGAUCGAGGGGCUGCCCCUGCUAGCCGACAGUACUGAUGGCAUGGCCAGUGUGGCCGCCUACCCCUACCAGCAGCACUCUGUGGUCUUCAUUGGCACCCGCAGUGGCAGUCUGAAGAAGGUACGGGUCGACGGCUCUCAGGAGGCCCACCUGUAUGAGACGGUGCCUGUGGUGGACGGCAGCCCCAUACUGCGCGACCUGCUCUUCAGCCCCGACCACCGGCACGUCUACCUCCUGAGCGAGAAGCAGGUGAGCCAGCUCCCGGUGGAGACCUGCGAGCAGUACCCAAGCUGCGCCGCCUGCCUGGGCUCGGGGGACCCGCACUGUGGGUGGUGCGUGCUGCGGCACAGAUGCUGCCGCCGAGGGGCCUGUCCAGGCGCCUCGGCCCCGCGUGGCUUCGCCAAGGAGCUGAGCAAGUGUGUCCAGGUGCGGGUCCGGCCCAACAAUGUGUCGGUGACAUCGCCUGGGGUGCAGCUGACCGUGGCCAUAAGCAACGUGCCGGACCUCAGUGCGGGCGUGAGCUGUGCCUUUGAGGAGGUGACCGAGAGCGAGGCCGUCCUGCUGCCCUCUGGAGAGUUACACUGUUCCUCGCCUUCCCUGCAGGAGCUCCGGGCUCUCACCCGGGGGCAUGGGGCCGCGCGCACCGUGCAGCUGCAGCUGCUCUCCAAGGAGAGCGGCGUGAGCUUUGCUGGGGCUGACUUCGUCUUCUACAACUGCAGCGCCCUCCAGUCGUGCAUGUCCUGCGUCGGCAGCCCUUACCCCUGCCACUGGUGUAAGUACCGCCACGUGUGUACCAGCCACCCCCACGAGUGCUCCUUCCAGGAGGGCAGGGUCCACAGCCCCGAGGGCUGCCCUGAGAUCCUGCCCAGUGGGGACCUCCUGAUCCCAGCAGGCGUCAUGCAGCCUCUCACCCUGCGGGCCAAGAACCUGCCGCAGCCCCAGUCGGGCCAGAAGAACUACGAGUGUGUGGUCCGGGUGCAGGGGCGGCAGCAGCGGGUGCCCGCCGUCCGCUUCAACAGCAGCAGCGUGCAAUGCCAGAACGCCUCGUACUCCUAUGAAGGCGAUGAGUAUGGUGACACCGAGCUGGACUUCUCCGUGGUCUGGGAUGGAGAUUUCCCCAUCGACAAGCCCGCUACCUUCCGAGCCCUCCUGUACAAGUGCUGGGCGCAGCGGCCCAGCUGUGGCCUCUGCCUCAAGGCUGACCCUCGCUUCAACUGUGGCUGGUGCAUCUCGGAGCAUAGGUGCCAGCUGCGGGCCCACUGCCCGGCCCCCAAGACCAACUGGAUGCACCCAAACCAGAAGGGCGCUCGCUGCAGCCACCCCCGCAUUGCCCAGAUCCACCCGCUCAUGGGGCCCAAGGAGGGAGGCACCCGGAUCACCAUCGUGGGCGAGAACCUGGGCCUCACCUCCCGAGACGUGGGCCUGCGGGUGGCUGGCGUGCGCUGCAACUCCAUCCCCGCCGAGUACGUCAGUGCCGAGAGGGUCGUGUGUGAGAUGGAGGAGUCGCUGGUGCCCAGCCCGCCACCAGGGCCUGCGGAGCUCUGCGUCAGCGACUGCUCGGCUGACUUCCGCACGCAGUCUGAGCAGCUCUACAGUUUCGUGACGCCCACGUUCGACCGCGUGAGUCCCAGUCGGGGCCCAGCCUCGGGGGGCACGCGGAUCACCAUUUCCGGUCAUUCUCUGGACGCCGGCAGCAGAGUCACAGUGACCGUGAGAGAUGGCGAGUGCCAGUUCGUGAGGAGGGAUGCUGAAGCGAUCGUGUGCAUCUCGCCUGUCUCCACCCUGGGUCCGAGCCAGGCCUCCAUCACCCUGGCCAUCGACCGCGCCAACAUCUCCAGUCCCGGUGUCCUCUACACCUACACCCAGGACCCCACCGUCACUCGCCUCGAGCCCACCUGGAGCAUCAUCAAUGGAAGCACCUCCAUCACCGUGAGUGGGACCCACCUGCUGACGGUCCAGGAGCCCCGGGUCCGGGCCAAGUACCGAGGCAUCGAGACCACCAACACGUGCCAGGUGAUCAAUGACACCGCCAUGCUGUGUAAGGCCCCUGGCAUCUUCCUGGGGCGGCCCCAGCCGCAGGCCCAGGGUGAGCACCCUGACGAGUUCGGCUUCCUGCUGGACCACGUGCAGACGGCCCGUUCCCUCAACCGGUCCUCCUUCACCUACUACCCCGACCCCAGCUUCGAGCCACUGGGGCCCUCUGGGGUCCUGGAUGUGAAACCUGGCUCCCACGUAGUGCUGAAGGGCAAGAAUCUGAUCCCUGCGGCGGCCGGCAGCUCCCGCCUCAACUACACGGUGCUGAUCGGGGGCCAGCCGUGCACGCUCACUGUCUCGGACACGCAACUCCUGUGUGACUCCCCCAGCCAGACGGGCCGGCAGCCGGUCAUGGUGCUCGUGGGCGGCCUGGAGUUCUGGCUGGGCACCCUGCACAUCACGGCUGACCGGGCGCUGAGCCUGCCGGCCGUGGUGGGGCUGGCGGCGGGGGGCGCGCUUCUGCUGCUGGCCAUCACCGCCGUGCUGGUCGCCUACAAACGCAAGACUCAGGAUGCCGACCGCACGCUCAGGCGCCUCCAGCUCCAGAUGGACAACUUGGAGUCCCGGGUGGCCCUGGAAUGCAAGGAAGCCUUCGCUGAGCUGCAGACAGACAUCAACGAGCUGACAAACCACAUGGAUGGCGUGCAGAUCCCCUUCCUGGACUACCGGACCUACGCCGUGCGUGUGCUCUUCCCGGGCAUCGAGGCCCACCCAGUGCUCAAGGAGCUGGAUACACCCCCCAAUGUCGAGAAGGCCCUGCGUCUCUUCGGGCAGCUGCUACACAGCCGCGCCUUCGUGCUCACCUUUAUCCACACUCUGGAGGCUCAGAGCAGCUUCUCCAUGCGCGACCGUGGCACUGUGGCCUCGCUCACUAUGGUGGCCCUGCAGAGCCGCCUCGAUUAUGCCACGGGGCUGCUCAAGCAACUGCUGGCGGACCUCAUCGAGAAGAACCUCGAGAGCAAGAACCACCCAAAGCUGCUCCUGCGCAGGACCGAGUCCGUGGCUGAGAAGAUGCUCACCAACUGGUUCACCUUCCUGCUGCAUAAGUUUCUGAAGGAGUGCGCCGGGGAGCCGCUUUUCCUGCUCUACUGCGCCAUCAAGCAGCAGAUGGAGAAGGGCCCCAUCGACGCCAUCACAGGCGAGGCCCGCUACUCCCUGAGCGAGGACAAGCUCAUCCGGCAGCAGAUCGACUACAAGACGCUGACCCUGCACUGUGUGUGCCCGGAGAGCGAGGGCAGCGCUCAGGUCCCGGUGAAGGUUCUCAAUUGUGACAGUAUCACCCAGGCCAAAGACAAGCUGCUAGAUGCUGUGUACAAGGGCAUCCCCUACUCUCAGCGUCCCAGAGCUGAGGACAUGGACCUAGAGUGGCGCCAGGGCCGCAUGGCCCGCAUCAUUCUCCAGGACGAGGAUGUCACCACCAAAACUGAGUGUGACUGGAAGAGGGUCAACUCACUGGCCCACUACCAGGUGACAGAUGGUUCCUUGGUGGCACUGGUGCCCAAACAAGUGUCAGCCUACAAUAUGGCCAACUCCUUCACCUUCACCCGCUCUCUCAGCCGUUAUGAGAGCUUGCUCCGCACGGCCAGCAGCCCUGACAGCCUCCGCUCUCGGGCACCCAUGAUCACGCCCGACCAGGAGACGGGCACCAAGCUGUGGCACCUGGUGAAGAACCACGACCACGCCGACCACCGAGAGGGAGACCGAGGCAGCAAGAUGGUCUCGGAGAUCUACCUGACGCGGCUGCUGGCCACCAAGGGCACACUGCAGAAGUUUGUGGACGACCUCUUCGAGACCGUGUUCAGCACGGCGCACCGGGGCUCGGCCCUGCCCCUGGCCAUCAAGUACAUGUUCGACUUCCUGGACGAGCAGGCCGACCAGCGGCAGAUCGGCGAUCCCGACGUGCGCCACACCUGGAAGAGCAACUGCCUGCCCCUGCGCUUCUGGGUGAACGUGAUCAAGAACCCACAGUUCGUCUUCGACAUCCACAAGAGCAGCAUCACGGACGCCUGCCUGUCGGUGGUGGCCCAGACCUUCAUGGACUCCUGCUCGACGUCCGAGCACCGCCUGGGCAAGGACUCGCCCUCCAACAAGCUGCUCUAUGCCAAGGACAUCCCCAGCUACAAGAGCUGGGUGGAGAGGUACUACCGGGACAUCGCCAAGAUGGCGUCCAUCAGUGACCAGGACAUGGACGCGUACCUGGUGGAGCAGUCCCGUCUCCAUGCCAGUGACUUCAACGUCCUGAGCGCGCUCAGUGAGCUCUAUUUCUACGUUACCAAGUACCGCCAGGAGGUUCUCACCGCUCUGGACCGAGAUGCCUCUUGCCGGAAGCAGAAGCUGCGCCAGAAGUUGGAACAUAUCAUCGGCCUCGCAUCCAGCAACAGCUAAGGGAGGUGGACCCCGUGAGGAGGGGGCUUCUCAGUCCUGAGCCGUACUCCCGUGCAGAGGGGCGUCUCCCGCCUGGGUCCCGGGGCUGAGCCCUGGAUCGGGUGGCAUGAGGUCACCGGGCCAAGAUGCCCCUGGCACAGCCGGGCCCCCGUCAUUAGUGCCUUGCUUUGGGCCCUGCGUGGGGAGGGGGUGACCGGACCAAGCCCCCCACCCCGGCAGCAGCAAUACCCCCGCCCUCCUGCCCUCGUGCCGGGGGUUGUGGUUGCCCCUGCCCUCCUUGCUAUUUAUACCCCAACCACCUAUUUAUUUAAUUUAUCUCCACCUCACCGUCGUCUCCAUCUG